UUUCCCACUGCCUUAUCUUUCUUUCCCUCCAAACAAGACGGGCGAACACGAAAUCGAUACACCGAAACCCUAAUUUCUCCUCGCUUUUUCCUUCUCACAUGGCUACCAAAUUGACACUCUCGUUGCCAUCCUCGAGUUCACUCACUGUUCCGAUUCAGAAACCGGCAGUUUCUCUGUUUUCCUCUCCGGCGAGGUCCCAUUUGGUUCGGGUUUCUAGCCGGCGGCUGUUUCUUCGCCGGCGGGUGCUUCUCCUCCCUCCCCGGGCUACUACGGACCAACCAGGUCAGGUUGAGGGUGAUGAUGUUGUUGAUAGUAAGAUCCUUCAAUAUUGUAGCAUAGACAAGAAGGAAAAGAAGUCAGUUGGUGAACUUGAACAAGACUUUCUCCAAGCUUUACAGGCAUUCUAUUACGAGGGUAAAGCUAUUAUGUCAAAUGAGGAAUUUGAUAAUCUCAAGGAAGAAUUAAUGUGGGAAGGCAGCAGUGUUGUAAUGCUAAGUUCUGACGAGCAAAAGUUUCUGGAAGCUUCAAUGGCGUAUGUAUCUGGAAAUCCAAUUCUGACGGAUAAAGAAUUUGACGAAUUGAAGCAGAGACUUAAGACGGAAGGAAGUGAAAUUGUGGUUGAGGGCCCUCGUUGCAGCCUCCGAAGCAGAAAGGUUUAUAGUGACCUCUCUGUGGACUACUUUAAGAUGCUUCUCUUGAAUGUUCCAGCCACUGUAGUUGCACUAGGACUGUUCUUCUUCCUGGAUGAUAUCACUGGAUUUGAAAUUACAUACUUACUGGAGCUCCCAGAACCAUUCAGUUUCAUCUUCACUUGGUUUGCUGCUGUGCCACUCCUAGUUUGGUUAGCUCUUACCCUUACAAAUGCAGUUGUUAGAGACUCUUUGAUCUUGAAGGGCCCUUGUCCUAACUGUGGAACUGAGAAUGUCUCGUUCUUUGGUACCAUACUAUCGGUUUCAAGCGGUGGCAACACAAACAAACUCAAGUGCUCAAACUGUGCAACUGAGCUGGUUUACGACUCGAAAACUCGCUUGAUCACAUUACCAGAAGGAAGCAGUGCCUAAAUGAGGGGACCUGUAAGGUGUAACUCCAAGAGAAUCAAGACCAAGAGAUCAUCAUAUGGCAGUUUCAAGAAUUCUCUAUGGUUGGAUACGAAGAUAUUUAAGACCAAGUCACGUAGAGAGAGAAUUUUUCAGCUGUUGUACAAUAUUGUAUCUUGAUGUACAAAUUUGUGAAUACUCAUCAUGUAUAUUCUAUACCUAGAGAAGGGAGUGAUUGAUGAAGUUUCAGAA